ACUUCAAGAUGACAGGAAGAGAGUUUUUUGAACUAGAUUCUCCUCAGCAAAGACUAUUUUUGGAAAGAUUUAAGCGGGUGGAAGUCAUACAAAAGGUGCUCAAUGAGCUUCCUAAAGCAGAUCAGAACCUUUGUAAUCAUGGAUCAUACUUCCUCGCAGCAAAUUCAAGCGUAUGCGGUUUAGCGGCAAAUAAUUUCUUCAGGAACAUCCUGCACGUCAGAAGGGCUGCCUUCAUUUCUGCUUUGCCGAUGGCUGUUGUUCCCUUUCUUUCAACAGCAGCAGUUUAUGAAGUGUUUGUGCGGGAGCCUUUAUUUUCAGGUGACCUAAACUGUGAGGUCUGUGCUGUGGUCAGAGGAGGACUGAUAGGGGCCGUCAUGGGUGGGUUCUAUCCCAUUUUCCUGGCUCUCCCCAUGAACGCAAGCCUUGCAGCCAGGUAUUCAUCAUCCCCCCUGCCAGGGAAAAAAAAUCUAUUACGCUUCUGGCUCACAACUGCUCGGCCUGUCUUUAGAAAGAUGAGUUUUGCUGUACUUGUACAGGUUCUAACUGGAUUAUAUCUUGCCACUAAACAUCACGGAAUAUACGUUAAAAUACUGCAGCAGAUGAACACUGGCAGGGAUCCUGAAGAGCUACAAGCAUGAAGUUAAGCAGCUUUUCAAUUGCCUUGGAUAAGUAACCAUAAUAAACAA